AAAGAAAAACACUCAAGCACUUCAAACUCCCAAAAAAAAAAAAAUGCACUCAAUCUCGGAGAACGUCAUCAGAACAGUGUCUUCUAAUGAUGGUUUCUGACGCACAGAUACCUUAAGAUCUUACUGAACACCGUUGGUAACAGCCUAAUCGUGUUAAAGGAUUUGCUUGGCCGAGGUAUUUCGAAAUGAAUAGGAACGAUUCAUUGGUCCAGCGGUGUUACUUUCUGACUUUCAUCACUGAAGACAUUGACCAAGUCAAACACAUCUAUAUCAUGGCAGGAUCUCUCGACGCCAUACUUAUUCUACCAACAAUAGUCUUGAACAUUCUCUUGAUCAUCUCCUUGUACCGGUCUCCACAGCUCAACAAGCCAUGCACUAAACUUCUCUACAGUCUGGCCAUAUCAGAUGUUCUGGUUGGCAUGGUGAUUGAACCAGCGUAUUUGACCAAGAAGAUAGCAGAGCUACAACACUCGUUUGGGAUCUACUGUCGUUCUGGGAUGAUAACAUAUAUUGGAGCUGCUCUUUCUUGCGUAUCUUUCUUCACUCUCACUGCCAUAGCAGUUGAUAGGUACUUUGGGGUCCAUUCAGGGACCAAAUAUAAAACAAUAGUCACUAAUACGAGGGUGACAUGUCUGAUCAUAGCUAUAUGGGUCUGUUGUGGGGUUCUCUACACGGCUCAGUUUUAUUUCUCCAGAGAUUUGUACUUCAAGUUGACUGCUGCUAUCAUGGGAACUUGUGUUUUCAUAGCAUCGGUGUGUUACAUAAGGUGUUUCGUAACUUUACGUCGACACAAACAAAAAGUCAACACGUUAUUCAAGUGGGAUUCAACACGACAAAUAUCCCUCUUUUCGAAUCAGUACAAAAGAUCUACCUACACCAUGUUGUACGUCUUCCUCAUCUUCAACCUGUGCUAUCUACCCUACCUGUGUACCGCGGUGUCUGCUGGGAUACUAGGGGAGUCGGCAGCUAUCUGGGGUGCAGAGAGCUUGUCUAGUGUCAUCGUGUAUGCUAAUUCUCUCAUCAAUCCUGUCAUUUUGUUUUGGCGAAUGCCAGGAAUCCGAAAGAGCGCUAACGUGACGAGAUCUGUCAGUCAUUCUUGGCGUCGCCAUGACAACCAAGUAACGUUAAGUUCUCCAAUAAGCGACCUUCACCCACAAAAUAUAGAACUUCUGGAAAUGAACCGAAUUAAUACGUAACUGAUACCUUUGAUUGAAAAUAUACGCUCCAUUUACUUGACGUCAUUUCCGGUCUUGCGCAUAAGGACUGAGAGCAAAUGCAAGCAUUGAUGUCAGCGGUGAUCGUCUGAUGGGUAACAGUGCAUUGAGRAAGCAGAAUAAGAAUGUUUUCACAUAUUUAUAUAUGGUUAAAAGUCCAAUCUUUAUCUUUUCAGCUCUACCGCUUGCCUAUUACGCACGCAGCCAUCUUUAGCGUCUGUCACGUACUUGAGACGGCUGCAAUCCCUACUGUUUAAAGAUGUUAAAAAUAGCCAAAUAAAACAAUCAGCAUGGAUAUAUGAUCAAGAAAAAUUAAGCGAGUCUAGCUUAACUGUUGAUCGUUAAGAUAAUAGCACCUUAAUGAUUUGUGUUAUACAAACGAUUGCAGGAUUCAUUAAUUCAUCGAUUUAGUCCAUUCACGAUCAUUUCGGUAUCUCGUUUUGGUCAAACUAACAGGAGAAAAAACUUUUAAAAACUGGAAGCAAAGAUCUUGCUCUUAACAGAGGACGUCAAAAGGCUAGGUAAGACGAGAGAAGACAAAAUCGCUACCAAAGACUCAAUUUUUUUCGAUUUAUCGCGUUGGUGUUGAUAUGAAUUUUUCAAAAUUGCUUUUUCUCUGCUGUUUGUCAUUUUACUAUAGUUGUUUGUUGUUGCUGCUGCCAAUUUGUCGUUCAAACUCGACAGUGUUAACAGUUUCGUCCUUGUUUGUUUGCCUGAUUUGUUAGACUUUUUUUUUUUUUGAUAUCUUCUGCUCGCGUAAUUACUCAUUCUGGCUAUGAGAUCAAAUCUGCAGAAAUCCGUUCAAAUCUUGAAUGGUUUAAUCUCGAAACUAGACAGACAGACAGACAGACAGAAAACUAGAAUGUCAAGUCAUAAAGCUACUUUAAUGUAUGAAAUUAUAGAAAGAAAUGCACCGUUCCUUUUUAAAAAAAAAUUAAAGAAAACCAA